AUGCCACUGAUCGCAUUUCUUGGUCUAUUUCUCCUUGGUGCUGUGCUAUAUGUACAUGCCGAAGCAGUACCUGGAACCGGACGAGGCCAACCUUCACAACGUCUAAGCCGGCGGAUGCCUUUGUCCAUAUCCUCCAUACUAGUCCUCCUAGUUUUAUUUCUUGGCUGGUCUUACGAUCUCCAAACUCAAGAACUUGUCGCUCAUCCGAUUGACUGGCUUAUAAGUAAAGCCGAGAAACAAUCGAACGACUGGGCAAGUCAGGCUUCUGUCAGCAUGAAUCUCGCCGAGUGCGUCCAAGAAUAUCAGCGCCGCUAUCAGCGCCAUCCGCCUCCAGGGUUUGACGCAUGGCAUCGUUACGCAACAGCGAGGAACUCUGUUGUAAUCGACGACUACGAUACUAUGAUGGAAGACCUGCUACCAUUCUGGGGUAUCUCGCCUGCUGAGAUAAGGCUGCGCACUCAGCAAGUGAUUUCUGAUCCAUGGAACGAGGUUUCUGAAAUAAUAAUCCGAAACGGACACGCUGGACUAGGGCCCGACUUUCUGCCCACCCACCGAUGGAUGCUCGAUGGCGUAGUAAACCUAGUGAAGGACUUCUCAAGUUACCUGCCCGACAUGGUUGUGACGUUCAACCUCAACGAUGAGCCAAGGGUAGCAGUUCCUUACAAAGAGAUGCAAAAACUUCGAGGCCUCGCUAUCGGAUCUCCCAAGCACCUUCGCAAAACGGUACAACACAGUUGGAGCGCUGAUCGAGUUGCGACCUGGCAUAUACCAGAAGACUUGGGUUCUACGCGGCCAUUUGAAGAUCGCUCCCGCACCAACGCUUUCUCCACAAGCACCGCAGCCUGCCCUCCCUCCUCUCCUGCUCAACGAGCAACAACCUGGGACAGUAGAAACCUCUGCACAUCGUGUGCCGCACCUCACUCCCAUGGCGUUUUUCUAAGCAACUGGACCCUCUCCGCCUCCCCCUGCCAUCAACCUGACCUUCGCAAUCUCCACGGCUUCUACCUCAGCCCCGCGGCCUUCAAGCCCUCCCAUCAGCUUCUCCCCAUCUUCUCCCAGAGCAAAGUCCACGGCUACGCUGAUAUACUCUACCCCUCUCCAUGGAACUACAUAGACAAAAUCGACUACAGCGCGUCGGACGAACAUCCAGACCCCCCUUUUCCCGAAAAAGAAAACACCCUCUUCUGGCGCGGCGCCACCUCCGAAGGCGUCUCCCGCCACGGCACCUGGAAAGGUAUGACCCGGCAACGUCUCGUCCACCUCGCCAACAACCUCACCGCCGUCCCAACCAUCCGCUCUCCGACCCUGCCCAUCCUCCUCCCGAAUGCCCAGGGCAAGUACACAUACCAGACCCUCGCCCACUCAAACCCCAUCGCCGCGCUCAACCUCUCCCUCGACAUCUCCAUCGUCGACGGCAUCGCCCGCGCCUGGGACAACGACGGCGCGGCGCAAGACGCCGAGUUCGGCUUCGCGCCCCCGACCGACUUCCAGGACCACUGGCGCUACCGCUACCUCAUGGACGUCGACGGCGCCGGCUUCUCCGGCCGCUUCCUGCCCUUCCUCCAGAGCGGCAGUCUGCCCUUCCGCGCCGCCAUCUUCCGGAGCUGGUGGGACGGCCGACUGACGGCGUGGAAGCACUUCGUCCCCGUGGACGUGCGCUUGCACGGGCUCUUGUCCACGCUGGCGUUUUUCGCGGGGACGGCGGGUGGGGCCGCGGGCGCUGGGGGCGCGGACGGCGGCGCCGCGGGCGGGAUGACGGAGGGGAACGUGAAGGCUGGAGCGAUGAUUGCGGAGGCGGGGAGGGAGUGGGCGGGUAAGGUGCUGAGGAAGGUGGAUAUGGAGAUUUAUAUGUUCAGGCUGUUGUUGGAGUGGGGCCGGUUGACGGACGAUAGGAGGGACGAGAUUGGGUUUGCGGUUUGA